GAGUUGUACUACUAUAUUAUGACAUCACAUCAUAAUCCUCUAUUGUUCAUUGUCUUCUAUUUUCACCAAGGAAGUUCAACUUAGCAUCUAACAGGCAUAGCAACAUUUACCGAUACGAUAUCGUGGAAUUUAUCGAAAGGCGCUAAAGUACGUAUUAGGUAUCAGCUGAUAACGAUUUGUUAGAGCAAAAAGAUACGCGUUAAUUGGCUGUGUGAUUGUUAUUGGAAAUCGAUCGGUGAGAACAUUCGCCAUUAAUGUCUUAAAUGAAUUAAUAACCAAUAGGAAAGAAUUUAAUUGUGUUGAGAAUCGGACAUCCAGUGGGCAGAAGAAGAAAAAAUUGUGUUGAAGCGUGAUUCGAUGAUCGUUUUGCUAUUCUAAAAAUGGCAGAUGCGGACAUCAUAGUUUCUUGCCCCUACAAUCCAGCGCAUCGUAUUCGCAGAUAUAAAUUUAUGAAUCAUAUAUCGAAAUGCAAGAAAUAUAAUAAAAAGGAAAAUAUGGUAGAGUGUCCAUUGGACAAGACUCACAUUGUAGACCAGAACCUUCUUAGGGAGCACAUUGAAAUGUGUUCUAGUAUUGGAAGAGUGGCAGAUAUGGAUAUUGGAAUUAUUGAAGUAAAAGAUCCAGAUCCUCCUGUAGCUGGUGGUAGCUUUGAUGAAAAUUGGGAAGAGGACCCAGAAGUUCCACGUUACGAUCCGAUGGAAGUUUCGGCAAAAAAACCUGUGAUUCGAUGUGUGUCUGGAUUGUCAAAAGCAGAAAAAAAGAAAUUUAGGGAUAAUGAACGAAGGCGUAUAGCAAAUCUCAAAGGGUUUCAUUCUAUGAGCGCAGUCUUAGAGUCUAUGACCGUGACUCAUGAGGCACCAUUACAUCCAUUACGUCCUCCUCGUUACUAUGCUACUGUAUCAUCAGAAGAUACUGCAGCGUCACAAGCUAUUGCAGCGUCACAAGCUGCUGAAACAUCCACAGGCAUUUUACAAAAAGAUUUUGAUGAAAUGAAAAUACAUGAAGAUAAAAAACACGAUUAUAAUGAUGAUCAUGCAGGUGCUCGUACUACCUUUCAUAAUAGUUCAUUCCACAGAAUGUUAUAUGAUGAAUUAGCUCCUAAAGAUGACGAGAUUAAGCAAUUAGAACAGUCUCUAUGUAACAUUGACUCGGCACGUAGAUAUGAUACACGUACCACAAUUUUCUCGCCAGAAGGAAGACUGUAUCAAGUCGAAUAUGCUAUGGAAGCUAUAAGCCAUGCCGGUACUUGCCUGGGUAUAUUAGCAAACGAUGGUAUUCUACUGGCAGCUGAGAAACGUAACACCAACAAGUUGCUCGACGAGGUAUUCUUCUCCGAAAAAAUCUACAAGUUGAACAAUGAUAUAGUUUGUUCAGUAGCUGGUAUAACUUCGGACGCGAAUGUCCUGACGAAUGAGUUGCGCCUUAUCGCGCAGAGAUACCUUCUUCAGUAUGGUGAAGCUAUACCUUGUGAGCAACUUGUCUCGUGGUUAUGCGAUGUUAAACAGGCAUAUACUCAAUAUGGUGGAAAGAGACCUUUUGGUGUAUCUAUUUUAUAUAUGGGAUGGGACAAAUACUACGGCUAUCAGUUGUAUCAGUCAGAUCCUAGCGGAAACUAUGGUGGUUGGAAAGCAACAUGUAUCGGGAAUAAUUCAGCAGCAGCUGUGUCAUCUUUGAAGCAAGAAUACAAAGAGGGCGAAACAACUUUGAAAGAUGCAAUGGCACUUGCUAUCAAAGUGCUCUCUAAAACAUUAGACAUGAAUAAACUCACUGCUGAAAAGGUGGAAAUGGCGAUACUGACGCGCGAAGAUGGUAAAACAAAAACGAAAAUAUUACCAGCAAAUGAAGUGAACGCCUUAAUCGCGGAACAUGACCGAUUAGAAGCACUGGCGGAGCAGGCGAAGAAAGAAAAGCAGAAAUCGUAAAAAUUUAUAUUAAAUAAGAAGAUUAAUCCACUGUGGUGACGAAGUUUACUGUAUCAGGAAAAAAUUGAUAUACAACUCAAGUGUUUAUAUAUGUACUAUAAAUUAUUUUCUUGUCGCAGGAGUGAAUCCUUACAAUGAUAACAUUAUCAUCUUCAUUACAAAACAACGGUUAUAAUAGGAUUAAAAGUUUUUCCAUAAA